UGACAAAUUAUGGCAACGGAUGAAUUAAUAAUUACCUAAUGAUUUUUUAAUCGUUUAAUAUUGUAAAACCUUUCCUAGUAAAUGUUUGAUGAUGUGUUUUGGAAACGAUUCAAAAGGAAAAAUAUCUUCUGACUUACCUUAUUUGCUCUUCGUUUUUUUGCUGACUCAAAUCAACUGCCAAGAAGUCGAUUCAAAUGGCUAAUGGACAUGGUAAUAAAAUGGAGCAUUCUGGUUGGAUUCAUCUGAUUUUAUCGUUCUUACUUGGUGUAAUAAGUAAAUGUGCGGCUAAAUUUGAACUCGAUUGAAAGAUAUAUUUCAACUCUGGACUCUAUUGGUUGAAUGUGGAAUCUAAGUUUAUAUUUGGCGAUUCAUCAUUUCAAAGUGAGAGUAUAUUAUUGUCAGUAUAAUCCGGAGAUAUUCAAACGCUGUUCUUUUUUUUCUGGUCAAUCCAUAAAUAGAUAAGUUGAAAAUGAAAACCUUUUGUGUUGAAUGGACUUUCCUAUGGACUUUAUGCUCAACCCACUUUGACGCUUCCCAACUUAUCCAGACAAUAUCAACACUUUGAAUAGUCUAACUUUUCACUUUAUCAUUUUCAAGAAUCUGAAUUGUUUGUAAUUCCUGUUGUAAUGAGUUACUUUUGAAAGUUAAAUCAUAAAAGAAAGGUGCUAAUGGAACAUGUUAUUGAAUUUUAUCAACAAUACCAUCAGCUACUGUUACAGAAGAAGAAAAACACUUUUCUUCUUACCUCAAGAUAAAAGUUACUUUCUUCCGGAUUCACAAUGGUUUUACUUUCUUUUUACCUUCUUCACCAUGGAGCAAAGUUUCAAGUAUUUGUCCAAACAAUAUGGAAAGCUCAUCAAUCACCAACAAUCAGAAUCAGUUUCACUUAACAAUGAGCAUAAACAAAACAAUGGACAGGAGCGAAGAAAAUAUUUUUUCUUGGUUUACUCAUUGACAAAAUAACUUUGUCAACAAAAAUCUUUAACUUUUAACAAAUAACCUUUUAUAUUGAUUAACAAUCACGUCUUCAUCUAUACCUUUCCUUACCCAUCUCAACCUUCACAUCGCUGUAAAGUCAUUGUUGCCCAGUGCGAGUUGAUGAGUUCAAUCGGAUUCAAAAGCCAGGCCAAAAGCUGGACCAUAUUAAAGACGAAUCGCCUAAUCCUGUUGUUAAUAAUUAGAGACGCUUGUUUUGUUCCUAUUAAUCAAGUAUGAAUGACAAAAUAGUAUGAUUUACAUUUGAUAAAUUAAUCCAAAAUGCAAGUCAAACUGAAUACCCUUUAGCCAUGCCACUCAACCUAAGUUAGGUAAGGUUAAAGUUGACAAGUCAAUUGAUGUCAAAGUACAUUUAAAGCCAUAUCAAAUUAAUAAGCUUAGUUCGUGAACAUAUUUUCAAAUAACAAUUGAGGUUAUCUAAUUGAGAGCCAAAGAAAGAUUAAAAUCUUGUUAGCUAAAGAGAAAUGGCAAAAGAGAAGAAAUAAAAUGUCAAUUGAUAGGAAGGUCAGGUAAGAAGGAAAGUUGAAAUGGUGAUGCCAAUGAUGACGAUGAUGAGGACGGUAAAAAAAGAGGAAGAUAUCGAGUCGCUUUCUUACCUUUUUUGCGCUUCUUUUUCUUACCUUUUCAAUGGUACAUUUCAAUGGAUUUGUGAAUUGUUUUGUUGUCAAGUGGGAAGUAAAGUUAUAUUUAUUAUAAUAGCUCUCAACAUAUUUUUACCUUGAUUUGCACACCUUUGGAUAUGGAUGCUUUUAUUAACUUACAUUCAGCCAAUUUGUCGUCCCCACAUCAGUUUAAUCAUUAAGAAUCAAUUGGAAGUGUUGAAAUUGAUGAUGAAAAUGACGGAAAAUGGCAAAAAAGGAAAAAAAUCAACAAUCAAAAUUCAAGAUUCUCAGAAUCAAACAUUGAUAUCAAAAUGGAAUUGAAAUUUGUUCAUUUUUCAUCUCAACAGUUUUCACCUUUUUUCACCUUAUUAUUGGACCAUUUAAACUCCUCCUUUCGCCCUUGUGGGAUUGACUCGGGCCAACCUAGAGGAACCCAAAUUUACUUGAGUUCACUCGCUGUUAACUGUUUCUCAAUUUACUUUGCAAUUUCAACCUUUCCUGACAAUGUCACUCUUUGAUGGGCAAAUCUUUAGGCCUUGGGAUCAAUCAUCUUCACCAUCAUCAUCACCUUCCACCUCGUCAUCAUGUUGUUCCCAAUUAAAUCAAUUGUUUUGUUAUAAUUCUGUGUUUAACUUUCCUUCCUUGCCAAAUAACGAGCAAAAAAAGCAGCGACCAAAAAGGUUUAAAUGUGUCCAUUGUGAUGUUUCAUUUUCAAAUAAUGGCCAGCUUAAAGGGCACAUUAGGAUUCAUACAGGUGAACGUCCAUUUGCUUGUGAUCAUGAAAAUUGUGGCAAAACGUUUACUAGAAAUGAAGAGUUGACUCGACAUAAACGUAUUCACAGUGGAUUAAGGCCUUUCUCUUGUUCAAUUUGUUCAAAGAGAUUUGGUCGUAAAGAUCAUCUUAAAAAGCAUAUUAAAACCCAUCAAAGAUGUGGACCAAUGUCAAUCCCGAUUCCAAUCCAACUGAACCAAUUACAGUUUCCAUUCAAUUAUAAUCCAUGGAUAACACCUUUGUAAUAAAUGGCCAAUCAAAUCAACACAAUUUAUCAUCUAUGUACAUAAAGAAGCCACAAAUUAAAAUUCAAAUCAAAUGUAUCUUUACAUUGAGACGUAAUGCUCAACAAUUAAAAGCAUUGAUUGAGAACAAAAAAUGCAAUUAUCAUUGAAAUU